GAUGGGGUGGAAGGAUCCCACUGAGGAGUCUGAAGGACCAUGGGAGAGACAUGACGGAGAAUACACAGGGCGCCAUGGGGGGCCCACAUCUCCAUUCAUUCCCCCUGCAGUGGAUGAAGAAGAGGACUUUGACGACAUAUUCCUAGAGGAUAACAUGCCCAUCCGGACCUUGUUCCCAGAGAGCUGGCUCUGGAGGAAGUUUUCUCUGCCAAAAAGUGACUCAGGCCUUUCCCACUACACCAUCCUUACGAACCUGCCGGAUACCAUCACCACGUGGCAGUUUGUGGCCGUCAGCCUCAAGGCUGGACGAGGAAUCUGUGUCUCAGACCCUUUUGAGCUGACAGUUAUGAAAUCGUUCUUUGUGGACCUUAAGUUGCCCCUCUCCGUGGUCAGGAACGAGCAGGUCCAGAUCCAAGCUGUGCUGUACAAUUUCAAGGACAGCCAGGUCAGGGCCCGCGUGGAGCUCCCCUACAAAGAGCCCCUAUGCAGCGCGUCGAAGCCAGGAGCCCCAUCUCGCCAAGCAGGUGGUCAGAUACAGCAAAUGUUCCAUAGCAUCCUCCUGAACCCCCAAGGUCAGACGCAGACAGAGUUGGUGUCAAGACAGGACAUUUUGAACAAGGUGCCGGACACAGAGGUGGAAGUGUUCGUCAGCGUCCAAGGUUACACCCAGAUGCUGACUCACCAGAAUGCAGAUGGCACCUACCACAUCCACAAGGGAAACCCAGGAAGCACCUGGCUCACAAGCUACGUGUUCCGGAUCUUUGCCCUGGCCUACCCCACGGUGACGACCAGCAUGCUCCAGCUGGACUCUCUCUGUGCCAUUGCCCACUGGAUCAUCACCCAGAGGCAGGCAGAGGAUGGGCACUUCCUGGAAAAGGGCCCUGUGAUCAUGAAAUCCAUGCAGGGUGGCUACCAAGGCUCCGAGGCAGACAUAUCCCUCACGGCGCUUGUCCUGAUCUCCCUGAAUCAGGGGAAGAAUUUGUGCAGCCAGGAAAGCUUGACUGGCAGCAUCAAGAGAGCCCGUGGCUUCCUGGAGAAACAGCUUCCUGACAUUCAGACAACUUUUGCCAUAGCCAUAGUCUCCUAUGCACUGGCCCUCACCAACAGCCCCCGAGCCAAUGACCGCCUGGACACCUUUGCCAGCCUUGACAAAACCCACUGGCCAGUAGAACAGAAGGACCGGUACUCUCUGUAUACCAUUGAGGCUACAGCCUAUGCGCUGCUGCAGAAGCUGGAGCUGGGUCGGAUCAAUGAGACACACGGCAUCGCCAAGUGGCUACUGGAGAAGCGGGAGCUGGGAGGGGGCUUCAAGUCCACCCAGACCACGGUAGUGGCUCUCGAGGCCCUGACCCGCUUCCGCGAAGCUGUUCACUUUGAUGGUGCCCAGGAUCUCCGCGUCCAGAUCAGCUCCCCAAAGAGAGCCAGGAACGUGGAGUGGCUUAUCGACCAGAACAACGCCUACCUGCAGCGAUCAGCAAAGUUCUCAGCCCAGGAUGACCUAGUGAUCAAAGCCAGUGGAACCGGAAGAGGCACCAUCUCGAUCCUGACCAUGUACCACAGGAUCCUGGAGUCUGAGGAUCGUACCUGCAACCAAUACAACCUGAAUGUGACCCUCCACAGUGCCCCAGAAGAGAAUAAAAAAGGGGAGGAGACCUUCCGGCUCCGGAUGCAAACUAGGUGGGGACACUGGGAUCUUGAACGGGAGUGGAGACAGGGACACCUGGAAGGAGGCUACUACACUAGCUCAGGUGAGGGACGGUGGCAGCUGGGAGCAGAGUGGGGACACUGGGGAGAGAGGCAGAAGGACAGUCGGAAGAGAGACUGGGACUGUGAAAUCCCUAGGUUCCUGGGUGAUCGAGCAGCCACAAUGACCAUGAUGGAGGUCUCCCUGCUUACUGGCUUCUACCCCAACAAAGAUGACCUCAAGCAGCUCACCAGCGAUGUGGAGAUGUACGCCUUCCAGUAUGAGACCAAGACAAGCUCCAGCGACAGCACCGUGGUCCUCUACCUGGACAAGCUCUCCCACGAAGAAGACACGGUGCUGGGCUUCCGGGUUCACAGGAUGCUGCAGGCUGAGCUCCUUCAGGCCGCCCUGGUCACUGUCUAUGAUUACUAUGAGCCUUGUGAGCAGGGGCCUGGGGCUGGAGAGGCAUCUCGAGGGACCCUGAGGUGCAGCGCCUUCUACAACCUCCCCGCGGAGGACUCGUCUCUGCGAAAGAUCUGCCACAAAGACGUCUGCAGAUGUGCCGAGGGUGAGGCUGGCGGGGACACGGGCGCCAGGGCCACUUCCUGUCUGCCCUCAGGGCUCAGCUGA